AUGGAUGAUAAUGGAAAAUAUACAUUUUGCUAUCCAUCUAAACAUGCUAAUUCAUUAGUACAAGAUGGUAUUAUUAUUAAAAAUAAUGAACAUAUUAAAAUAAAUGUUCAACGUGGAAAAUAUCGAUUGAAAUUAAUUGCUGAUAAACUUGUUGUUCAAGAAAAGUAUACAUUUCGUAUAACUGAAGCUAAUCUUCAAGCAAAUACAAUGCAAAAAUAA